AUGGCUCUCCAAUGGCCAACGCAAUUAGACGAUUCUCGUUUUGAGGACGUCUUCGACCUCGCUCAAACAUUCGAAUUAUACUGCGCCAAGGUCUACGACCAUGCCACUCUUCACCCGGACGAUGUUGCUCCCGCCGACUAUAUGAUGCAGUUCGUGUCGCAAGCUUAUCGCGCCGUUCACAGCUUGCACAUGCACAAGAAGGCCUCAGAAUAUCUGGAUCUGGAUAUAGCCACUGCGGAUCUCCAGAGGGACGCCGCGAAGUAUCGCGAAGCAUGCAAUUUGGAAUCUACUGCCGAGCCGAGGCCGACUGAGAUUGCCAACCUUCCCGCGCCCGAGAACGAGGAUGAGAAUGAAGAAACGUCCCCACGAAGCGCACUUGCAGACCUUCUCAAUGGCAACUUUGAAGAUGAAGAUGAGGAGGACUCGGACUGGGAAGAGUCGGAGGAAGAAACAGACGACGAAUACUACGAAUAUUGCGAGGGAUCAGAUGUGGAAUCUGAACUUGGCGAGAUGCGGGUAGUUACCGGGCCAGAAGGGGAUGAACCCCCUUCAGAAAAUCAACACACGCUAUAUGAACUACCUGACAAAGUGUCGAUCAGCGAAAAAGAGCAAAGCAAUAGCGCGCCCUUACCACCCGCGCCUACUCCUCCUACAGCCUCAAUCUUGCAAGACCAAGCGAUGCGCGACAGAAUCACCGCUGCACUCGAGAACAUGUCUUUCGCAAGUGGGGAACCAGAGCCGACCCCGUCUGAACAAACUCGGACUCAGUCUGCACAUUCCACAGUUCCCAGCACCACAUCUUCGUCACAGGACACUCAGAGCGACGCCACUGCUGUGCAAACCAACUCAAACCAAGACGCGCCGCCCUUGGUACCCUCGGUGACAGCACCGCCUGAAAAGAUGACUCGUAAAUCGAGCCUUGAUGCCUUCGGAAUUCACCGCAAACUAUCUAAGAGCUCCUCACCAAAUGGCAUCCCUCAGCGACUGCGGACCGUGUGCUAUAAAUACGUGCGACGAGCUAUGGUCCCUGUCCGAGGAAAGGUACAAUAA